AUCGGUGUGCUUGCGAGGAGAGUCGGGAGCGCGCACGGCGACGGCUUAGGCGCCAUGUUGGAAGGCUGCUGAGCCCGGCCGCCGGGGAAUCGCUGUUACUUUCCUUCUCUCUUUCUCUUUUCUUCUCUCUCUCUUUUUCUCUUAUUCCCUCCUAUCUCUUUCUCACUCUCUCUUUUUCCUCCCCUUCUCUCCCCGGUGGAGUAGCCGCACCUGAACUGCCUUCGCUGCGCGGCUGCCUGUUUCCUGUGAGAGCCCGGGAGGCAGGAGGAGGAAGAGGAGCAGCAGCGGCGGCGGAUCAUGGAUAUCGAGAGGCUGCAGGAGGCACUGAAAGAUUUUGAGAAAAGAGGAAAGAAGGAAGUCUGUCCAAUAUUGGAUCAAUUUCUUUGUCAUGUCGCCAAGACUGGAGAGACAAUGAUUCAGUGGUCACAAUUCAAAGGAUAUUUUAUUUUCAAAUUGGAAAAAGUGAUGGAUGACUUCAGAACUUCUGCUCCUGAGCCAAGAGGCCCUCCUAACCCUAAUGUGGAAUAUAUUCCCUUUGAGGAGAUGAAAGAACGAAUUCUGAAAAUAGUUACUGGCUUUAAUGGUGUCCCAUUUACUAUUCAGCGACUUUGUGAGCUGCUAACAGAUCCUAGGCGGAAUUACACGGGAACAGACAAAUUUCUCAGAGGAGUUGAAAAGAAUGUUAUGGUUGUCAGCUGUGUAUAUCCUUCUUCAGAGAAAAAUAAUUCCAACAGUUUAAACAGGAUGAAUGGUGUAAUGUUUCCAGGAAACUCACCAGGUUAUUCAGACAGAUCUAAUAUAAAUGGUCCUGGGACACCCCGGCCUGUAACUCGACCAAAAGUUUCUUUGUCACCUCCUAUGACUACAAAUGGUUUACCAGACAGUUCCGAAAGUAAGGAGCUGAGUCUCCUGCAAACUGAGGAGAAAAUUAACAGUGAAUCGCCAGCAUCUGAGCCUGAAAGAGUCCAAAACUGUCCUGUAAAAAAUAAACACCCUGGAGACGAUCCCUCAGAAAUGGAAGGUUACGAAGUGAAAAGACUUAAAUUUGACGAAGAGGAGGAAGCUGAAGAAACCUCCAACGAGAGUGGUCCCCACGAAGCAUGCUCAGCAAUGGCAGAAGAGACUGAGACAACUUCUCCAUCUCAGGAUAAAGAAAAAGAAACCACUGAAGAGAGACAGCAUUGUAAAGAAGAAGUUGAGGAGGAAGAAGAAUCUCUCAUGAUGUCAAGAGAAGUUUUUCCAGAAAGAAAAGUUCUAGACAAAGACAGUGCCUCCUCAGUUGAGAAAGAAGAUGUUUCUGAGGAGAAUAAUCAGAUUGGGGAAUCUGACCAGACUCAAGCAAUGAAAGACUCAUCUUCUCCAAAUAGUGAGAACAGUGGAUCUUUUAGUAGCAAAGCUGACUGCAGUGACAAAGAAGAAUUGGGUUCAAAUGUUAGUGAAACUCCUGAAAUUGAAUCAGAGACCCCAGUGGAAAACAGCGAUGACGCCACAGAAGCUGCAGAUGAACCUAUGGAACAAGACUAAUAAUUUUAAUACACCUAGAGGCAGUAUUUUCCACGAGGCUCUGGUUUUACACUGUAUAAAUAAUUUUAUGUAAUAAAAGUGGACUGUUAGUUUUCCAAGAGAAGCAGGAUGUAAAUUGAACUUCUCCGUGCGUUAAAUCCUGAAGGACUUGUACUUGUUACUGUGAAAUAUUGGCUCCUUCAGGUCCUGCUUGCUACUGAAAUUUCAGUAUGGUCAAAUCUGGUCUGUGUAUAGUUUUUUUUAUUAUUUAGAAUUAAAAUUUUUAAACUGGAAGGCAGUUCUAAGUCUGACAAUUUUUUGGAGAUUCCACAUUUAAUUACUUCUCUCUCUCUCUCUCUCUGUCUCUUUAAUUCCCCCGAAUGCUGUAGCAGCUAAUUUUUGGUUUGGUUUUCAACACUUCAAUUUCAUGUUGGUUUACAGAUUUUCAUUUGACUGCAUUUUGUGCUUGAAAAAGCUACACAUUGGCAUAUAAUACUUGAUAAUAUACAAAUCUAAAGAAAAUCUAUGUUUGCACUUUAGAAGAAUUUUCUGUUCUAAAUAGAAGCAACCAUGUUCUUUCAUACGAGACAACAUUUUUACCCCCGAAUAAACCAAAUAAAAUUAGGCCCAUCUGAUAGCCUAAAACAGUGUUUC